AUCGAACGCGUCUUGAUUGACGCGUCGUUAAGCCAAUGAUCUCCCUAGUCUAUUGCGCGUGUCCGGCCCACCCGCGGGCGCUUUGCCAGCUCACAGAAAGUGCCACGACUCCAGACUCAGCGUCUGUUCCGAGUCAGUGAGAAACCGUUGGACUUUCGGAAACGGGAUUAUUGCUGGUACAGGACUUAGCAAAGAUGGAUGUGUACGACCCUCAGACCCUCGGCAUCAUGGUAUUUGGUGGCUUCAUGGUAGUUUCAGCUAUCGGAAUAGCCCUGGUCUCCACUCUUUCCAUGAAGGAGACCUCUUACGAGGAAGCCCUGGCUAAGCAGCGCCGUGAAUUGGCCAAGGCUCAGCCCCAACGUGGGGACAAGAAGAAGAAGGCAGCUGAGAAGAAAAGCAAAGCCAAGAAGAAGGAGGAGAAGCCAAACGGGAAGCUUCCUGAACAGGAGGAACAGCAUGACUCUGGCCAUGAACCUGCUUCAGAAACGAGUGAACCAGAGCCUGAAUCUGAACCCGAGGUCCCUGCUGCACCUGUGCCUGUUCCUGUAUCAGUUGCCCCUGUUGUUCCAGUCAUCCCAGAGCCCAAAGUUCAGGUGGCAGUGGCGAAGCCUGCUGUAGCAGUAUCCCCACCCGCGCUUUCCCCAAAAGAUAAGAAAAAGAGGAAGGUAGCCAAGGUGGACCCAGCCCCUGCUAAACCUGUAGAAAUUGUCUUAGAAACCAUGACCAAAGAGCCGGCUCCUAAGAACACCAAGGAUUCCGCCCAUAAGGACUCGACUUCUAAGGCUGCCAAGGAACCUGUUGCUAAAGUUGUAAAAGAACCAGCUGCCAAGGCCACUAAGGGUGCCAAGGAAGCAUCUCCUAAGGCUGCCAAAGAAUCUGUCGCUAAGGAGCCAUCUCCAAAGCCUGCCAAGGAACCUGUUGCUAAGGAAGCAUCUCCUAAGGCUGCCAAGGAACCUGUUGCUAAGGAAGCAUCUCCUAAGGCUGCCAAGGAACCUGUUGUUAAGGAAGCAUCUCCUAAGGCUGCCAAGGAACCUGUUGCUAAGGAAGCAUCUUCAAAGGCUGUCAAGGAACCCGCUGCUAAGGAACCGUCUUCUAAGGCCACCAAGGGCGCAUCUUCUAAGACUGCCAAGGAACCUGUUACUAAGGAAGCAGCACCUAAGCCUGCCAGGGAACCUGUUACUAAGGAAGCAGCUCCUAAAGUUUCCAAAGAAUCAUCUGCCAAGGUAGCAAAGGAAACCACCACUAAAGAACAAGGCACGAAAGUUGCUAAGGAACCAAGUGCCAAGGGAACGCAGGGACCUGCUGCCAAGCAGCAGGGUGGUAAAGCCAAUAAAGAACCUGCUGCUAAGGAAUCAGCCACUAAAUCGGCUAAGGAUCCUGCUCCCAAGGAACAAGUCGCUAAAGCAGUCAAGGAGCCUGCCAUUAAAGAAACAGCAAAGGCUUCCAAAGAAUCAGCUGCCAAGUCUGCGAAAGAAACGAAUGUUACAACUAAGGAGCCAGUUUUGAAGGCGGUCAAGCAGCCUUCUGUCGCUGUGGUGGCUGAGGUUGCCCCAGUGCCGAUCGUUCCACCCAAAGCUGAGCCGCCCAAACCUGAAACCUCUUCCAAGAAGAAGUCAAAAAAGAAGGCAGAACAAGCACCUGCGGUGGAUGUUGCAGAUGUUCCCCUGCUGUUACCAUUUAAAACUCUGGUCUCCACCCUGAGCAGUUCCAGUUUCAGUGACUCGGAGACGCAGAAGCUUUUGGAGAUCAUUAGUGACAAGGCGGGAGCUGACACCUGGCAGCUGGCAUCUCAGAGGGGUGACCCCUUGGCAGCUCUGAAGAAGCAACUGGAGGAGAAAGACAAGCUCUUGUCUGCUGAGCAAGAGAAUGCCGCGGCAUCCAAGACACGCAUACGAGAGCUCACUAAGGAGCUGAACACAGAGAAGAGCAAGACUACGUCGGUUGAAACUCGACUGAGCUCCGAGCUGAGCGCUCGCCAGCAGGAGAUCACUGCGCUGAACGCCCGCAUGAAGGCUUCCUACGAUGAGCACACGCUCCAGACACAGAAGCUCAACAGCAAGAUCCAGAGCCUGCAGGAUCGGUUGGAGAACGGCCCUGCUGCCCAGCUCGCUCGUCUGCAGCAAGAAAACGGCAUCCUGAGAGACGCUCUGAACAAAGCCUCCAGCCUCACCGAGAGCAUACAAAACGCUGAGCUGGUAAAGCUGCGGCAGGACGUGGUGCGUCUGAGCCGGGAGCUGAGCGAACGCACGGACGCUCAACAUGCCGACGAGGAGCGCCGAAAAGCGCUGGAAUCCAAAAUGGCUGCCACCGAGGAGCAGCUCACCCAUGUCAAGGCAGGGCGUGCGGAGGCUGAGCAGGUUUUGCAGCAGGCAUUGGAGAAGGUCAAGGCCGAGUUGUGUCAGGCGAAGAACAACAGCUCCACCCUGCAGGCCCAGCUGCAGCAAGCACAGCAGGACGGCAGCCAGCUCAGCGAGCUGCAAGAGCGUGUGCAUGCCACAGAGGUGGAACUAAAGGACAGGUGUGCAGAGGUGCAGGCUUUGAAGAGUCAACUCACUCAACUGCAGCAGGACGCACAGGAACAUGUCCUCGUGGAGGUUCAGGCCCCGCUGCAGUCUACAGCACAGGUGGAGAACUCUGAGGAACUGCAGCAGCUGAAGCACAGUAUAAAGGAGAAGGAGGACUUGGUGGCUUCUCUACAAGGACAACUAGAGAAGAUGAGAUCAAGUGCAGAGGAGACGGAGAGCUCGGUGCAGCAGCUGCAGGGAAGUCUUACACAGCGAGAGAGCAAGAUCUCGGCACUGGAGGAGGAGAUGAAGCAGCUGAGAGAACAGACAGAACAGCAGAAAUCUACAACGGAGAGCUCAGUGCAGCAGCUGCAGGGAAGCCUCACAGAGCGAGAGAGACAAGUCUCAGCACUGGAGGAGGAGAUGAAGCAACUGAGGGAACAGAUAAAGCAGCAGAACGAGGCGGCCGAGGCUGCGGAAGCGGAGCAGCCCUUUGAGAACUUGGAGAAAGACGCUCGUCUGAUUACUCUGGAGGAGGAGCUCCUGCAGCUGAGAGGGCAGGUGGAGCAGGCGAAGGCCGAGAGCAAGGAUCUUCAGGAGAAAAAUUGUGCUGCCUCUGAAGCUCUUGCUGCAGCUGAGCGAUUGAGUGAAGAAAGACUGAAACAAGCAAUGAUUGCCCAGAAUGAAGUCAAACAGAAGCUCGAGGCUCUCCAGGUGCAAACUAAGACGGCGCUCCAAACCCUCUUUCCUCACAUCGCUAUAGAAACAGAACAGAGUAACUGGUUGGAGCUGUUCACACUCGGCGCACAGGAGACACUCGCGCACAGUCAGCAGAAUGCAUCUGAAGAUAAAGACUCAGCACUAACAGACACUCUACAGAAGUUAAAGGAAGCUGAGGAGAAACAGACAGCGCUGCAGGCGCAAUGUGAGCAGUACAGAGCCACUCUCAGUGAAACGGAGGGCAUACUGAGGGAUUUACAGAACAGUGUGCAGGACGGAGAAGCCACAUGGAAGUCCAAGAUGUCUGAAGUCGAGGAACAGCGGCAGGCGCUCAAAGGGCAGGUGAUGCUGCUAGAAGCACAGCUGGAGAAACAGCUGGAGUCCAUCAGCUUCACCCAAAGCUGUGCUGAGGAGGUGGAGCAGCUAAAGACGUUGUUAACGACCACUCAGAGUCAGCUGGAGGCGGCCCAGUCGGACGCUCAGAAACAGUGUGCCGAGCUCUCAGCAGUCAGACAGCAGCUCCAGGCGGUGACCGAACGUGUACGGAGCAAAGAGGACGUGCAGCCCGGCCAGGUGCAGGCACAGCUGGAGCAAGCAAACGUCCGACUGCAGACAGAGGUGAGCGUGCGCCAGCACGUGGAGCACAACUACGACCAGGCCCAGAGGUGUGUGGGCGACCUGGAGGCCCAGGUGGCAGAGCUGAAGGCAGCAGGAGAAGGAGCCGCCACCGAGCUGAAGGAGAGGCUGGAGAAGGAGGCGAAGCUGACCCAGGAGCUCAGCGAGACCUCUGCGACGCUUCAGCAGAAACUGAACGACACUCAGGAGGAGCUCACCAAAGAGAAGGAGGUGGUGAAGAGCCUGCAUGAGCAGCUACAGGAGAAAGUGCAGCAGCAGGUGCUGUUCUCUUCCCAGUGACCUCUGUCUCUGUUAGGCUGCCAGUUAAUUGGAAGGAGAGGAGCUGAAGGAAGGAACUUCCGUGUGACGUCUCGGCAGGAAGGACGAGAAGCCGAAACACCAAAAAAUGCCUUAAUUUUUCUUUUGUCUCUAAUUGUUUGUGUACUGUAUUAAGAGGAGCGCAAAGGGAGGGGAGUGACAUACCGGGUCCAAACACAAAUUUAACAACUGAUUUAUAUUUUAAGUAGAAUUCUUUAAGUAUGUGUUUUUUUUUUUUUUUUUUUGUUUUUUCUUACCAUCCACGUCCAAGACUCAUCACAUUCCUCCGAUUGUCAGUGUUACGAAGAAAGGGCAAAGUGCAUGUGCGUCAGACGCACAACCCCGUGCAAUCACUCACAAAGACUGUCCUUCACAUGGAAGUGAAGAGAAGGAACAUUUCACGUUACAGCGAUGCAACACGAACCUUUACGCUGCUUGUAGUCGGCUGCUGACCAAAUGUGAUUUAAAAAAAUUAAAAUAAACAUUUAAGAGAUUA